AGCCCUGGGGUCAGCGGGAGAUGGGGUGGAAGUUGGGUUGCUGAACCAGUCUGUGUGUGCAUCGAGCAGUAGGCAGGAUUCAGGUGUUUUGUGGAAACUGGAAUUUUUUUACCUCAAACUGAAACAUGAGUUUCGGUAAGACGUGAUGGAGCAAAGCGAUAUGUGCCGAGGGUGGGGAAUCUGGGGCCAAACCCAAAGCAGAACCAGCAGCGCGGAGAAACAAGUAUCUUUGCCUUUGUGUUUGCCAUUAAUGCACUCUAACGAAGCAGACCGGAGCCCCAUCCUGCAACCAACCAUCCACAUCCUUCCGAACCACAUUUAAAGUCUCCAGCUGCCAUACAGGUUUCCAAAAUUCUGGUCAUGAAGGGAUGUUUCACAAAAUUAGUCCCAGCACUGUGAAUUUUCCGUCAUGUCAGAACCAAUCACGCUCAAUGUUGGAGGUAAACUCUAUACCACCUCUCUGUCCACCCUGACCAGCUUUCCAGACUCCAUGCUGGGGGCCAUGUUUAGUGGGAAGAUCCCAACCAAGAAGGACAGCCAAGGCAACUGCUUUAUUGACAGAGAUGGCAAAAUCUUCCGCUAUAUCCUGAACUUCUUACGAACUUCUCACUUGGACCUCCCUGAAGACUUUCAGGAAAUGGGCUUACUUCGACGGGAAGUAGAUUUUUAUCAAAUUCAGCCCCUGAUUGAGGCUUUGCAGGAGAAGGAGGUGGAGCUUUCUAAAGCAGAGAAGAAUGCCAUGCUCAACAUCACCCUCGAUCAGAAGACCCAGACAGUUCACUUCACCGUCCGAGAAGCACCCCAGAUCUACAGCCUGUCUUCCUCCAACAUGGAAGUGUUCAGUGCCCGUAUCUUCUCCACAUCGUGCUUGUUCUUGAAGCUUCUCGGUUCCAAACUUUACUAUUGCUUCAACGGAAACCUCUCUUCCAUAUCCAGCUACCUGCAGGACCCCAACCAUUUGACCUUAGAUUGGGUUGCAAGUGUGGAAGGCCUUCCUGAAGAAGAGUACACCAGGCAGAACUUAAAGAGACUCUGGGUGGUGCCAGAUAAUAAGCAAAUCAAUAGUUUCCAGGUGUUUGUGGAAGAAGUGCUAAAAAUAGCCAUGAGUGAUGGUUUCUGCAUAGAUUCUUCGCACCCACAUACUUCAGAUUUCAUGAAUAAUAAGAUUAUUCGCCUAAUACGAUACAAAUAGGAAUGGCUAUUUAUUACGGUGCCAGCAUGGAGAUAACACAGGUUAAGUGUUUCCCUUUAAAACACACUUACAGCCUAAUUCGGAAUCAUGCUUAUCUGGAUUAAGAGUCACUAACAGGGAGAUGAUUUUCCUUUAAUGUAUUUACCAAUACAACCUUUCAGAAUAUGUCCAUAUUCUAGAUGGAAGGAAUAUUGUCCAGCACCUGAAUUAAGGACUGGUUCUGUCUCUGCCUCCACCUCUGACCUGCUGUACAAUUGUGGAGAAAAUCACUUAACUUCUGUCCUUCCUACAUUUGCCAGUUGGAAAAUCGGAGUGAUCCUUAACCUAUAUUGCAAGGGAAUGUGAGGGUUCAGUAAUCAAGGUUUUAGGAGGUAUCUGGAGAACAGAUGCGGUGAAAGAUGCCCCGGAGCUGCAGUGCAGCAGGCAGCCCCAGGGGCAGAUUUUCCAUGUCUUGCCAUAUCACCUGUGCAGAGCAUCCAAGCAGCUUGGUUGGAUCCGCAGAGAAUCAGCCUCCCACGUGUAUGCACUCAAUACAGCUGUAAAGGGUGAUGCAGAUGGCAAAUGAGUACGGGAUUCCUGUCACUUUGGGUUCAGCAAAGGAUUUCUGUCAUCAGCUGAGGCUGGCUUGGGUUUGUUUAACCCUGUGAGGGAGCCCCUGCUCCGUUCUGCUUUCACAGAAGCUGUGUUUGAAUGAUGUGACUGGCACAGGGAACAACCGAGGAAGCCAUAGCAGAGAUAAUGGUGUUCCUACAAACUGAGAAGACGGUGGCUGAUGGGGGAACUUUGCUCUGAAUGCUCUUAAACCUUUACUUUUACAUUCCAAGGGCAUCCAAGACAACUAGUCCUUUUCUUUCUUCUUACAAUGUUAUAUUUGUCCGGAGGAUGCUGCUGAAACUUUCUGAGGUGGAGACAGAUUUGGGGUCAGAGGCCCCCGAAUAAAUUCUAAAUGUUUGAGCCUCUUCCACCUGGACACAGCCGCCUUUUGGGGACAUCUCCCUUCAACAGUGCCUGGAGUGCACGGGAUGCUCUCUGGGUAGGAUGGAUUCCAUCUGAAAAGACAUUCCCAUCAGGUUACACCUAGUUGUUUUCAUUACAAAAACGGAGGCUCGCUUUUCCUACCCUGGUAGAAUGAGCCAUUUUUAUAUCAUUGUGAAAUGAUCUGGUCACUAAGUUAACAUUUCACCCACUUGCUUGGCUUGUGUCAGAUUGUUGGAGGUGAGGCAGUGGGAAACCAGAGGUGAUGACAAUGGUCAAGCUUUCCUACACACCCAGUCUAUGCCACCAUGAAGAUCGUAAUCCGCUAGCUGCAUGUUGGCUCUGAACAUUGUUUGUGCCACAUUCAAGGUGGUUCGUUCAUUAAAUUGUGUUUAAGAGUAUUUUAGCUGUCUUUCCCUAACCAGAUAGUUAUGUGUGCAUGAGAGACCCUCUGGAACAUUUCCUGUUAUCUCUAAUGAGAUAAAAAGGAAAAUGCAAUAGCCAAGUUUUUCAUUUAGAAUUUUAGUGCUUCCAAAAGUUCUUAGCACAGGGCUGCAAAGCUCAGUGUUGCUCAUGUUCUUGUUUCCCAAAGUAACUAGUCUGUCCUUGCAUUAAGCUGACCUGAGAACAAGCAUAAAGAAGCAUUUUGUUACUGUUGUGAAAAACUGUGAGAUAAAUGUAUUUCUACUGUCCCAAGCUGUAACUGCACGAACCACACAAACCAGCGUGCUGACAGCAAAACGCACAUUCUGCAGCUAUUGGCAGCCUGUUAUAAACCACUGCCCCUGUCUGACUUGGUGCUAAACCAGCAAGAUUUAUGUGGGACCAUGUUGUUAGGAAGCGCUGACUGGGCUUGAAGCCCUCAGAACCAUUAAACCUGGCAAGUUUCAUGAAUUUUGAGGAUUGUAAACAGGGUUUUGUAGCCAGAUUCCAGCUUGAGUCACCAUAUCCUUCUAGUUUUAGUUGCAUUAGUAAGAACUCUUUUUUUUUUAUUCUAUUCCCCCAUUCCUGUCCCAAAUUACAAAGUGGGAGUGAUCUGUUUCAGGCAUUGCUGGAUGCCCCUGACAAAGCAAAACAACCCGAGUGUGAAUCUUAUUUCUGACAUGAGCUUGCCAGUCAGUUGGGCAUUCACAGUGAUGCCCUAUGCACGUAAUAUGACCAUCAUCUGUAAAAUACCAUACAAGAACCCUCUUUCAUCAAAUCUAUGCCUUUGCUGAAUUUAUGGUAACAGCUUUGGGGGACUGUUGACAGUAUUUUAUUUUUAAUUCACACCCUUGAGAGUGGAUUUCUAAAUGAUCUGUAACAGGAGUUCUUGUAUAUCAGGACUAAAAUGAUACUUAUCUGCAGUAAUUUGUUUCUUGUCAGCUUGAGUUUUACCAGAGAUAAGAGCAGUGGGCUUACAUUUCAUUUGGAAGGUGGGAAGAAGUCUGAUCUACACUCUUUAGAGCUCUGGAUCAGUACUGCUCCAUUCUGUUUCAACAAAAUAAAAAUAUUCCCUGGGAAAGUUGAAUCAUUACUGCGUUUUCUGGUGAAAGGCAAGUAAGAGGAGUCUGUAAAAGCACUAUGCAUGGCUUAAUCUAGAACAUUUACUCGUCCCCUUUUCUUCACACAGUAGCAGCACCCACACUAAAAGCAGUUAUACAGUUUUUUAAAAGUCUGAAUGAGAAAUGAAGAGUACCCCAACCUGGCCUAGACAGUAACUAGGGUAAUUCUGCUGAUGUGGAUAUAUGGGUUCCAAUCCCCACAGACUGAGGAGGGAAGUGAACUCAGAUCUUAUGGAGUGCUUUAACCCAUCAAUCUAUUAUGCAAAAGAUGGAUGACUUGAAUACACAUUUACCUGUGCUCAAGAACCUAAAUCAGGCAAAGGUAUGGUUGGCCAAAAAUGUCAGUUAUUAAUAUGCAGAGAGAUGCAAAAUAUCUCUCUUCUAUAUGCAGAAAGAUGCAAACUUUCCAAGAAGUAUAAAGAUACGAGUGAAGACAGGCUUUGGGGAGGAAUAGGAAAAUUUCAGAUAGCUCUACAUUACUAAGCAGAAUAAACAUCUUUAAGCAUAAGAUACUAUUUAUAAUGCCACAGCCGUUUGGCAUGCUAAUGGCGUAUGUGAAGUAAGCAAUAAGUGAAUCACUUGUGAUUGCAGUCAAACAUAUGUUAUACAAAGGCCGUUGCUAUUUCAAAGUACACACUAAGCUAAAUUUAUAGCUGCUCCUUAAUUUUGCAGUCUGUGAGUUACAUUAUAAUGACUGUUUACAGGAAUGUUCUCCCUCCAAAACAUUUGUUCCCUUUUUAUCUAGAUGGCUGGCUUUUGUUUACCUUCUUUUUCUGAGCCCUAGAGGUGUAACUUGCUUCUCUUUACCAGUCAACAGCACUAAUGAUUCUUCUUCUCAAGAGUUUUCCUGAAUUAAAGAAAAUUGAACGCGCACAGAGCCAUAUUAAGUACAGUGCCACCCCAUUGCUAGUCAUGAAAAGCACUUGGCAUUUAUUAGCAGUAACAUCUAGAAAUUAUUUCACUGUUGAGUGUAAUAUUCACUCUCAGAACAAACAUUUUUUUUCCUGUAAGGGCCUAAAAACAAAGAAAGGAUCUAGUGAGGUUUUUUCUCUCAAAGUCUGAAGAGUGCUCUCUUCCACAUCUUGGUGCGUAACUCCUGUUCUGAUCCUGCCAUACGCCUGUCUCCCUCAACACCUUCUACAAAAGAGGCUAAGCCCUGCACUACUUUUUUAAAAGGACUGCAUGCUGAGAGAGCCACUGAAUAAAGCAAUCAAUAGUGUUAGAGCAGAAAAAUACCAGAGUUAGGUCAGAUGAUAAGUUAUUGGCUGCAGUCUAAUGGCAUUUUCCGAUAUGGGCAUGUGCAUAAUAGCACAGUGGGAUUUUUUUAUAUGAUGAAAAGAUUAUUAUGAAACAUUUUAGUGGAAUCCAGAAAGAAUCACUCAUGGAUUUCUCUGUGUGUUUUUAGUCUUGAUAGUUCUUAAAUAUAUAACAAUGUCCAGUGAUAAUGAAGGAACUGAAACCAUACAUAAAUAUUAAGGCAUCUUUGGUUCAUGCAGCUGUUAAGGGUCAGUAGGAGUUGGUGGGUGGAACGUUUGUUGCUGCAGGCAAUGGAAGAGAAAUAAAAGAAAUAGAUGUUAAAAGUUAGACCUGAAAGAAUUCACAUUAACAAGAAACCCAGGGUUUAGAAGGGAGAGAAUAAAGAAUCUUUAUGUGUUUGGGAAAAAAAAAAAAAAAAGCAAGGUGACAAUGGAGACAGAUUUUUUCUAUGGAAGGAGGCUGUGAUUAGAAUGACUCACUGGUCCUUUCCAGUUUUAAUCUCCUAUUAUGCAACCUAAAUAUUGGUCAUGCCAAGAGUUAUGCUAGUAACUUGUCAGGAGCAGACAGUUUUGCUUCAAUUUGCAUGUGCUUUAAAUCAUCAAACAUAUGCACUGCUGUAGUUACCAUACUUUAACUGGGUUGCUGAGUAUAAAUUGCUGCUUGAGUUCACUGGCAGUAAAUACCUGCAAUCAAUUAGAUUUAUUCCCAGUCUAGGAAAGGCUGGUGAAGUCCAUAUGUAAGGUUGAUGGGAGUGAUAAAUACUGCCUUCAGCCAUAGACUUUGGGAAAUAAAUCUAGGAUCUUCUGAUACUUCACAGAUAAAUGAAGAAGUUAUGAAGAAGACUCCUUUGGUGAGUUUCAUUUUCAUCCCAUCCCUUUGUAUUUGGUGUCACUGCUCAGAAUUUCAAUAUAUUUUGAAAUAUGUAACUGCCUUUCUGUAAUGACUCCCAUAUCCACAUACUGAUACAUGCAGGGUACAAGCAGUGCUAGUAUGUGGCCCUCACAGUACAAGUCUUGUAUGUGAAUUAGUACAGGCAGUCAUGCAAAUAUUCUGUGCAAGAAAGGCUGGAUCGAGCAUAAAUAUGCACAUCAUGCUCUCAGAUUCACUUGGGGAUAACACAAGGGAUGGUUCCUCUAUAAAUUCAGAAAAAAAAAUGAGCUACAGGAGAGUGCUGUAUGGAAUAAUUCCUUUUCUCUUCCUCUCGUCAUUCCUCUCCUCCUUAAUUUCUUGCUCCUAUUCCUAACAGUAGAAUUUUUUGAUCAGAAUUUGGUCCCUAAUUCACUAAAAGCCAUGCUUUUGAAUUAAUACUAUUUGGAAAGUGUCAAAAGAUGGGUUUUAUUUCUUACCACUUUGAUAGAAAGCCUGUAGGGCUAUCACAUUUAAAAAUCUGGUUGCAUUUCUCUGCCUGUAACUCUUGUGAACCGUUACUAAUAUGUAUUUUAGAAAACAGUAAAUAAAAUGUGAAUGAAGCAGGAGAUGCUCUGCCUGACACACAUUCCUUGAGGAAAAAGCAUGCAGUGAUGCUUGCUGAAUCUGUUCUUUUCCUCUAAGGAUUUUACACAGUGCAUUAUUGCAACGCUUACCUAGACGUCUUUGUGCCUGAAAAUUGUAGGAAGCUCCCCCCAAAUUAGUGCAGUUGUAGAAAACUUGGAUGAACAAGCCUUCCUAAAUAAAUGGAAACCAUUUUAAAUGCAUUAG